AUGGGUACCUAUAGAAAGAGAUUCAAUGAGAAGGCUAGAGCUGGACAUAUGUCCAGACUUAAAGAGUUGAAAAGAAUAAGGAAUAAACAGUUUUAUAGACAUGAGGAGGAAAACGGUGAAGAUGAAGAUGAAGAUAAGAAGGUAGUUGAAGAUGAUACCGGUGAUUCAAAUGCAGAGAUUCUACAACCGUUGACUAAAGAAGAAAAAGAGAUGAAGAAAAGAAAGUUAGAAGAAUUGUUCACUCCAAAGGAAUCAAAAGUGUCAAGGUUGAAAAAGAAGAGACUGGAUAAAUUCAUCGACCAUCAAUUGAGAAGAGAGGAGAAAAAAACUAUAAUUGAAAAAUUACAAGAUUAUAAGAUUGAUACCUCUCUAUUGACAAGUUCUAAAAGAUUAGGUCAUGGAAGACAAACAAAGAAGGAAGAAUUUGCAGAAGCAUUGAGUCUCGAAAGACAAGGUAGAGGUAACGAUCAAACUAAGGAAAUUUUGUAUGAGGAACAUGAAGUAAAAGAAUGGGAAGAUGCUUCACAGAAUGAAGGAGAGGAAGAGAAUGAAGACGAUGAAAGUGAUUUUGAGUCAAAAUUUGGAGAUGCAAAUGGUCAGUCAACUUCCAGUUUUGUAGAUCGUCGUCCAGCUGCAAUGGGAGGCUCUGGUGGAUUUGGAUUUGGAUUUUCUAAUGUGAAAGUUGUAAAUUCUACAAGGCCAAAGCCUAAGAGAAAAUUCAAUUGGAGGGAAAGAGUUGAAGCUGAAGAAAGAAGAAAAAAUGGUGUUGAAGAUGCUAAUGACUUUGAAUCUUCAUCAGAAGAUGAAUCAGAUAUAUAUUCCGGAGAUUCAGAUAAUAUAUCAGAAGAUGAUGUGAUAUCCGGGGAUGUCAUCGAAGCUGAAGAAUCAGAUAGCUCUAUUUUAGAAUCAGGUGAAGAAGUAGAAAUUGAUGAGAAUGAAGAUGAAGAUUCCAGCGAGAACAAUGAAAGUGAGGAAGAUUCGAAUGACAUCAAUGCAAAAUUUAAUCAUAGCAAGGAAGCUGAAUCAUUUAAAGAAUGGGCUAACCAAGAAAUUAAGAGAAUUGAAGGUAGAGAUGUUGAAAUCCAAAUGCCAGAACUAAAUAUUGAUUACCAACCAAUUGUAAGAGAAGAAGAUUUAGAUGAUGGUCUACAAGAGACAGAAUUGAAUGUUGAUGAAUCUUUGGAUCGUAAAUCAUUUUUUGUCCAAGUCAAGAGGCCUGAGGAGAUUCAAGCUGUCAGAAUGAGUUUACCUGUCUUUGGUGAAGAACAUAAAAUCAUGGAAGCUAUACAUCAUAAUGAUGUUGUAAUCAUAUGUGGUGAGACUGGUUCAGGUAAAACAACUCAAGUACCUCAAUUCUUAUAUGAAGCUGGUUACGGUUCGCCUGAUUCACCAGAUAAUCCUGGUAUGAUUGGUAUCACACAACCAAGAAGAGUUGCUGCAGUCUCUAUGGCUAAUCGUGUUGCCCAAGAAUUAGGUGAUCACGGUAAUAAUGUUGCAUAUCAUAUUCGUUUUGAUAGUAGUGUCAAGGAUAAUACCAGAGUGAAGUUUAUGACAGAUGGUGUAUUGUUACGUGAAAUGAUGCAUGAUUUUAAAUUGACCAAAUAUUCGGCUAUUAUUAUAGAUGAAGCUCAUGAAAGAAACAUCAACACUGAUAUUUUGAUUGGUAUGUUAAGUAGAUGUAUUAAGUUGCGUGCCAGUGAGAACUCAAAAGAUCCAACAAAGUUUAAGAAGUUGAAAUUGAUUAUCAUGUCUGCUACUUUAAGAGUAUCCGAUUUCAGUGAAAAUUCCACUUUAUUUGCAGUACCUCCUCCUGUAUUAAAUGUAGCUGCCAGACAGUUCCCUGUUGCUGUUCAUUUCAAUAGAAGAACCCCAUAUGAUUAUCUAGAAGAAGCAUUCAAGAAGACAUGUAAAAUUCACAGAAGAUUACCUUCAGGUGCAAUUUUAAUCUUUCUAACUGGUCAGCAGGAAAUUACACAGCUUGUCAAACGUCUGAGAAAUGAAUUCCAAAAUAAAAAAGGUAAAAAAGUCUACAAUUCGAAUAGUGAUUUAACGACGAAUAUCAAAGUCAAUGCUAAGAAUUCAGUGGUGGAAACUGAGGAAAUUGACUUCAGUGUCGAAGAACGCCCAACUAAAUUUGAUGACGGUUUAGAUUCUGCAAAUGACGACUUUGAAGAAGAUUCUGAAGAAGAAGAAGGUUUCGAUGAAAUUUUGGAAGAAGGACAAACUGAGAAUGAUCCUUUAUAUGUCUUACCACUAUACUCCUUAUUACCAACUAAAGAGCAAAUGAAAGUCUUUCAAAAGCCUCCAAAGGGUUCCAGAUUGUGUAUUGUAGCUACCAAUGUUGCAGAAACCUCACUUACAAUUCCAGGUGUCAGAUAUGUCGUUGAUUGUGGUCGUUCUAAGGAACGUAAGUAUAAUGAAAGUAAUGGUGUUCAAAGUUUUGAAAUUGAAUGGGUAAGCAAAGCAAGUGCUGAUCAAAGAAGUGGUAGAGCUGGUCGUACUGGGCCUGGUCACUGUUAUAGAUUAUUCUCAUCUGCUGUUUAUGAAAGAGAUUUCGACCAGUUCUCAAAACCAGAAAUUCUGCGAAUGCCAGUUGAAAGUGUUGUAUUGCAAAUGAAGAGUAUGGCAAUUCACAACGUAGUUAACUUUCCUUUCCCAACUCCUCCUGAUAGAAUAUCUUUGUCAAAAUCAAUGAAAUUAUUACAAUACCUUGGUGCACUAGACAAAAAAGAAGCUAUUACUGAUGACGGUAAGAAAAUGAGUUUAUUCCCACUUUCUCCAAGAUUUACUAAGAUAUUAAUAGUAUCAAAUGAAUUCAAUUGUCUCCCAUAUAUAGUUACAAUUGUUAGUGCACUAUCUGUGGGAAACCCAUUUAUUAAUGAGCAUGAACUGGGUAUUGCAGAAGUGAAUAAUACAGAAGAAACUGAGGAGAAUAAUAAUAGCUAUUCAAGAGAAGAUCUUGAAGAAAAGAAGAGAAAGAGAUCGAAGUUUUUUAAGUCAAGAUCCAAGUUCAGUAAGUUGGAUAAAUACAGUGACGUAUUCAAACUGAUGAGUGUUGUAUCAGCUAUGGAUUACAUUCCCCAAGAUCAAAGAGAUAGAUUCUUUGAUUCUAACUUUUUAAGAGGUAAGUUGAUAAAUGAAAUCAUGAAAUUGAGAAAGCAAUUGAUGUACAUUAUCAAGUCUAAUAUCAGCAAAGAAGGUAUAGCUGUUGCAGUUAAUGACGAAGAUUUAAAAAGUGAUAUCCCGAAUGAAACCCAAAUCAAACUACUGAAACAAAUGGUAGCUGCGGGUUUCAUUGAUAAUGUAGCAAUCAGGGCAGAUUUCCUAUACCCUGAAGAAUACAAAGUUACGAACAAAACUUCAAUCAUCAACAUUCCGUAUAUUCCUGUGUUUGCACAAAAGAGUAAUGACAUUUCUGAAUCAUUUGUAUAUAUUCACCCAGGAUCUAUUCUAACAAAUUGUGGUGAACUCCCUCCAAAAUAUAUAGUAUUCCAUGGUUUACACUUAAGCAGUAAUAAUAAAAAGAGAAUGGAUGCGUUGUGUGAUAUAAAGGAUACACCACUUGCAAAUAUUGCUAGAAAGAGUUCAUUAUUAACAUAUGGUAAACCAUUAACAGGACAUGGGUUAAAAAUUGUAAGCAUUUCUCCUACUGAAAGGUAUUGUUAUGUUGUACCUAGAUUUGGAUCGACAGUCGACAGUGAUUUGAAAAUUGGAUGGGACCUGAACCCUGUAGCAGUACAUCAAGUGAAGGAACAAGGUCAAUGGAAUGUGACCAAGUUUGUCACCAAUAAGAACUAUAAAAAAUUAGAGGCAUCCCAAAAGAAAUAA